CUCGGACCGAUUACAAGCAUCGUUCUGUCUUUGUUUAACAUCCAAGAGAAACAAGGAUAGAAUGAUGCUCGCGAUCGUUUAGAAUGUUAAAUGGAACGCAUCCUAAAUUGACAGUUCGUCAUGGUAGAAGUGAGGGUGUUUUGCAGCCGUAGUUAACAUUUUCAUGUGUAAAACUAACUGUAUACGGUUACUUACAGAAAUACAUAUAAAAACUGCGUCUUUUCAAAGAAGAACUUCAAGACAUAAUGCUAAAGUAUAUUUUUCUUGUUGUGACGAUCAUUUUAGCGACCUGUCUGUCACAAUCAGAGGCGCAGUACGAUGACAAAAGAUGCAAGUGCAUCUGUCCAAGUCUCUCCUCCGUCAUAAAUACAACUCAGACUUCUAUGGAACGUUUGGCGUAUAUCAUAAAUGUUCCACCGUUACAAUGCAAGUGUGAAAAUGUUGUUCUGCCAAAACUUGGAGAUCAAAUAAAGGGCAAGGAAGAAAUAUUUUGUCCACGGUGUGAUUGUAAAUAUGAAAACAGGAAUACAACUAUCAUCAAGAUUGUGGUGAUAAUAGUUAUAUGGGUUAUAUCACUAUUAGUAAUUUACAUGCUAUUCUUAAUUUGUCUCGAUCCAUUACUCAACAAGCGGAUACAUAAAGCAUCAGCAAAUAUUGGUUAUCAUGAACAUAAUAAUGAAGAGGAUGAUUCAUCCAUCGCACCUGGAACAUCUCACCCAAUGGGAGAAAGAGGCAAUGUUUUGAAUCGUGUUGGACAUCAACAAGAUAAAUGGAAACGGCAAGUCCGAGAACAGAGGCGGAAUAUCUACGAUCGUCAUACUAUGUUGAAUUGAAUUGCGCAUUUUGUUUCGAACAAUGUUAUCAAGUAUAUCUAAAAUAAGACGAAACUUUAGCUGUGACCAUGAUUUGUUCAAUGUUCUUAAGUAGACUCUACAUUUAUUGUACAUAUAUAUUGAUAAAUAUGUAUUUCGCGGUAAUAAAAUAAUAUUAAACGUUAGUAAUA